AGCAACACUACUUCGAUCAAGAGAACAGAAACACCGUCCAUGCAUGCAUGCAUGCGAAUCUGGACUAAAGUGUAAAAGAAGUGAAUCCAUAGUUAUCCUUGUUCUCGGGUUCAAUACGAUAUUAAUCAUAUCGUUGGCGAUAUGUGGCGGUCCUUGUUCAAUGGGAUACGUGUAAGCCAAUGGCGUGGGUCCCACAUAGCCUCGAAUCGUUGGAGCUCUCACUCUGCGGUUCAUCCUGAGCCACCCCCACCCUCAUCGCGUCCAACCAAGGCGUCUCUUUUCUUCGCACAAGAAGUCCAGAAAGAGCUGACCUUUCUUACCGGAUUGGACUUUGAGCGGGUGUUUCGGAAGGCCAAAGCCGGUCAGGCCAUCACCGCGCCCCAAUAUCGCUUUGUGACCGACGCAGAGCUAGCCAAGAUGUAUGAGGAGGCCAAGCAGAAGGCGCACGCGCGCCUGCAAAUGCCGCCGGUCAUGGAUGAGCGCCUGCCCAGCAAUCGCCUACUCGAGCAUGACGUUGGUAUAGCCGGCUACAGCGCAGCGCGCAUCGUCUUCACUGACAUAACCUUUGGCGUGCACGAUCGUGAGCGAUUGGUGGUAGUGCGGGAGCCUGAUGGGCGCUUACGCGAGGCCGAGGGCGAGGAGCGCGAUCGGGUCAAUCAGAUCUAUUUCCCCAAGGAGGGGCGCAAGUUAGCCUCGCCAGUUUUGUUUGAACCAGAAAACCUGGAAACAGUGUUAAGGAUAACGUUAGAAGAGAUCACGAGUCAGCCUGAGGGCUAUACCCGUCUUUUGGAUCAUAAUUGCUUACAAUUUGAACCUGAUCAUCCGACGUUUAUUCAGACGGCUGAGACCGUUUAUGACCACAUCAAUGCCCACGCUCAAUAUGAUGCCUUGCACUCCACCCGUCACUUUGGACCCAUGGUAUUUCAUUUGGUGUGGAACUGCCGUUGCGAUGAUUUGUUGGUUCACUUCCUCGAGAAAGACAAAGUGGAGGAAGUUGAAUCGCUUUUGAAUCUUUACUCACGGUUUCAUCCGGAGUCUGCGACAGCUUCUGCCUCGACUGAGCUCUCUGGUCCGGACCGACUUCGAGUCUUCAUUGAGAAAGACGCGAAGAAAGGGCCAAAGAUACAUUCUGUUUUGGAAAAGAUGUCGGAAAAAAUGAAACAAAACAACACUGAAAGCAGUCCAUGAAGUGAAUUUAUCGAUGUUGUGCUUGACAGUUUUUUCAUUAAUAACGUUAAUAUAAUAUUCUCGUACAAAUUGUAA